UGAUUAGUCGACUGCAAAUGAUACGAAGCUUGCAAAUGAUCGAUGUUAAGCUAUUUCUGUCAGCGAUUUGUGGUGACAGGCAGGCCUAAAAUAUGCUCUUCCGCUAGAUGGCAGAUGGUGCAGUUGAUCUGUCUAUAAACGCCGCGCUUAUCACUAAAAAUAUACUCUGUGUGUAUUCAGUGGACUAUUGAAUUGUUGCAAGGCUUCAAUUUUGCUACAAUGCUUUCGCAUCAUUUGUCCAUGCAGGCGUGCAACGGUGCCCCCCCCCCCCCACCCCCACACUCUACCGUCAUCAGCCAGUCACGAUUGGGGCUCCUUCACGUGUCACUUCCAUGAUCAUGACCACCCUCCUUCUCCUCGUCCGUAUCACAAGGCUUCCUACUUCGCAUGCAAUGGUCGUGCAUUAACACGUGCAUUAAAAAGCACCCCCCCCCCCCGCCCCCCCUCCUAGGAUACAUGUGAAGCAGCAUGCACGCGACGGGUGGCGGAGCGGCUGACACCGAUGCUGCAGACAACCAGCACUGUGCGGCGCAAAGGAUGGAGCGGACGCCCGUGGGGGAACUGCAGCGUCGGACCGACGACCAGUACCAGCAGCAAGGACCGUCUUCAGCCACGCACGGCGUGCUCGAUAAACUGUUUGGAAAGAGGCUCCUGCAGGCCAGACACUACAUAUUGUCGAGAAAGUCCUGGCUGAAGAUGGUUCCCACGGAAAACUGUGACAUCCUGAUGACAUUCCCAGAUUCAGUCGAUGACCACACUCUGCUGUGGCUCCUGAAUCAGAUCCGUGUUGGAAUCCCACAAGUCAGUAUUCAAGUCCGACAGCAUAAACAUACGCGGGCUUAUGCCUUCUUCAUCACCACUACGUUUGAGAAUUUACUGCGGGGAGCGGAACAGAUGAGCAUGCACAAGGCUGUCAAGCCCCAGUUUGGCGGCGGGAUGCGACGCUUCUCUUGUGAAGAGGACAACAUCUAUGAGAACAUAGAGAGCGAGCUCUGCUUCUUUACGUCGCAGGAGCGUCAGAGCAUCAUCAAGUACUGGCUUGACAACCUGCGAGCUAAACAGGGAGAAGUUCUUCACAACAUUCACUUUCUGGAGGGACAACCCAUCAUUCCAGAGCUGGUGGCCCGUGGUGUGAUCCAUCAGAUGUUUCCUCUCCACGAGCAGAGGAUCCUUAAUCAGCUGAUGACGUCAUGGGUCCAGGCUGUUUGUGAAAGGCAACCUUUGGAUGAUAUCUGCGACUACUUUGGAGUGAAGAUCAGCAUGUACUUUGCCUGGCUUGGUUUCUACACCAACUCUAUGCUUUACCCUGCAGUCAUUGGCUUUCUCCUGUGGAUACUUGCAGAAGCUGAUCAGACCAGUCAGGACAUAUGCUGUGUGGUGUUUGCACUCUUCAAUGUUGUGUGGGCGACCUUGUUUUUGGAACGCUGGAAGAGACGAGAAGCCGAGCUGGCCUACAGGUGGGGCACCCUUGACACCCCUGCAGAGUCUUUGGAGGAGCCCAGACCACAGUUCAGGGGUGUAAAACGUUGUAGUCCCAUAACAGGCUGUGAAGAGUUCUACUAUCCUCCAUGGAAGAGGGCUAUGUUCAGAUGGCUGGUCAGCCUCCCCAUCUGCCUCCUCUGCCUCUGUUUUGUCUUCCUCAUCAUGCUGCUUUGUCUGGAACUGCAGGAAGUGGUUAUGGAGAUUCAGGAGCUACCUAGCAUCACAAGAUUUAUUCCCAAGAUUCUGCUGGCUAUCACUGUAACAAUAUGUGAUGAGGUUUAUAAGAAGAUUGCCUAUUGGCUCAAUGACAUGGAAAAUUAUCGACUUCAGAGUGCCUACGACAAUAAUCUCAUCAUCAAGAUGGUUUUUUUUGAAUUCAUCAAUUCUUAUCUAAGUCUUUUCUACAUUGGAUUCUACCUCAAGGAUAUGGAGCGACUAAAGGAGAUGCUUGCAACACUACUGAUUUUCCGUCAGUUCCUCCAGAACAUUAAAGAGGUCCUACAGCCUUACCUUUAUGAACAAAACAAGCUGGGGGUGUUCACCCCCAAGGUCCUGUGGGAGCUUCUACAAGCCAUCAUGCUCAAGUAUGGCCGCCUGGCUCUGGGAAAGGCCCAAGCGUCAAUGACAGCGUACUCUUUCCUGGGCCCCAGAGGACUCCCAGCCAGCGACAGCACCGGCGUGGACAGUCAGCCAAAGACGAGGGGCGAUUUGAAAGCUGGAUUCAGGCUGACGGAAGAAGAGUGGGAUAUGAAUGACAGCGCCCUGAAGCAACGGAAAGUCAGCUUCACAGAGAAGGUCGACUACCAGGACGUCACAGCGGAAGCGCAGACGGCGGAUGACGUCUUCCCUGAGGACAGCCCCACGCUGGUGGAGAACGGAAUGGAUCCGUCCAGUAUUUUUGACAGUUGUGACGACGACAGCGAUCUGGAAUUACUGUCUCAGGACACGAAAGAGAAUACCACCGUGUCCUCUUCAAGAGAAUCAAACGGUCUCCGUCAGAGAAGAAAAAACAUGGAUGAGACCAAAGAGGACAAGAAGUCCUGGAUUGAUCCACCAGAAGAACCCCAAACUGUCACUCUUGCGCAGGCUGAGAUCGAAAGCUGUAUGCAGACGUAUGAGGAUACUCUUCAGGACUACCAGGAGAUGUUCAUUCAAUUUGGCUACGUGGUGCUCUUCUCCUCUGCCUUUCCUCUGGCCGCCAUGUGCGCGCUCAUCAACAAUAUCAUCGAGAUCCGCAGUGAUGCCCUCAAGCUCUGCACGGGCCUGCAGAGGCCCUUUGGCCAAAGGGUGGAGAACAUUGGCCAAUGGCAGACUGCAAUGGAGGCCAUGGGCUUGAUAGCCAUUAUUGUUAACUGUUACCUGAUUGGUCAGUGUGGUCAGCUGCAGCGUCUUUUCCCUUGGUUGAGUCCUGAGAUGACCGUCGUCUCCAUUGUUUUGUUGGAGCACUUUGCCAUCCUCCUAAAGUACAUCAUCCAUGUUGCCAUCCCUGAUAUCCCCGGUUGGGUAGCAGAAGAGAUGGCCAAGCUAGAAUACCGACGAAGGGAAGCUUUCAAGAGGCAUGAACUGCAGGCGCAGCAACAUUUCCAACAACAGCUCAGACGUCGCCGCGAGGAAGAGGAACUUCAGCGUCAGGCGGAGGCGCGUCAGGAGAGCGAGUGCCACAAGUCGGACGCCCAUCACCAGCAUCACCAUGAGAAAGCGGUGGGCGGCAAGCCCAAAAGACCCAGCUCCCUACUCGGGAACAACAACGUGAUGAAGCUGAAGCAGAUCAUCCCCCUUCAGGGUAAGUUCUCCUCCAGUAGCUCCCGCUCCCCGGCUCAGUCGCCCACUGGGGGAGAAGCGAAGCUUCCAGGAUUCCUCAAGUUUUUAAAGUCGACAGAGGUGAAAAAAGAACCCGCUACAGCUGCGGGAUCACCCGGAUCGACGGGGAGCUCUUCGGCCACCGGUGGUGGCCAGGAACGAAAUCAGUCGCCCAACAGGACAUUCAGUCCGGGUAAGCUGUUCAGUUUCAGCAAGUCGGAGGGAACCGUGGUGUAUGCUAACGGGAUGCAGCCUCCCAGCCAGGCGGACAGUUAUCAUACCAACAGGGCUGAGCUCAACUCAACUCAUGAAGAAUUACCGUCAAAUGAGUCUGAUAAAGGAGAGGUUGACUUAGAAAGCUCAGGCUCUAAGAAUUCAUAAACUUUCCAGUGUAAAAAAACAAACAAAAAAAAAAAACAAUAAAUGAAAUGCAUUAUUUGCAAUGUCAGUGAGUAUGUUAAAUCCUAAAACAGACACCUGCACAGUAGUGACACAUGUCAAGUCUGGCCUAUGGAAAGCCGUUUAUUCGAAAGCCGUAAAGUUUAUUUACAGUGAAUCCAUGCGUAUUCACAGUUGGGCAUUCACAAAUAUUUUGAGGGUGAAUAUGUGUUGGUGUGGUGCCAACUUUUGGCAACUUUAGGCUUAAAAUUAUAUUUAAGUUCAAGGAGGAUUUUCAUUUAGCGCAGGUCAGAGUCUUGCUCAGUAAAAAAAAAAAAGAGCUUUGCCGGCAGCUUUUGGGGGGGAUUUUGUUCCAAGCUUCGCAGAAUUGUUUUACCUCAGUAACAGUGGAAGGUAUAAGAGCAUAAACUGCCCAUUUGAAGUCAUGCUACACCACCUCAAUUGAUUUUAAGUCCCACCUUUGACUUGGCAACUCCAAAACCUGAAGAGGUGGACUGGCUUGUAUUUUUUUUUUUUCGGGUAGUUGCUCUGUCUCACACCCCUAGAGUGCUUGAGCGACAGGGCACAAACGUUCCCCUGCAGGAUUUUCUGGUAGACAGCAGACCAUUUUCUUGCAUUAAUCAUAACAUAUCGUCCAGGUCCUGAAGUCGUAAAGCACCAGACCAUCACCCUGUCACCACCUCGUUUGGUUGAUGUUCGUUUUAUCAAAUGCUGUUAUUUUUAUGCCAGUUAUAACACACGUAGCACACACUCUUACUACUGUGUUGAAUUGUCGUACCAAGUGAGGACAAAGAACAUACUAGUACAUGGAUUUUAAAUGCUCAAAUGGCUUUUCAUACUGGCUGAACACAUGUGAGGUCAACAGAUAAAUGCACCUUACUUUGCACAAAAUAUCCAACUAUGUACAAGUUCUUACAGCUUCCAUGUAAAUACAUGUGCUGUACAGUGAAUGUGAUUCUUUGAAUGAAUCUUUUUCUUUCGAGAUAUAACUGUUGCAUGACUCAAGUCACAUUCCAGGUUUGAUUCUCCUUUUCAAGCCUGCAUUGAAUGCAUCCUGCGCAUGAGUCACCUGUUCAUGAUGUGUUCUUUAGCACUUUAUAAAAAAUAAGCCAACAUAUUCUUCUGCAAUAGCUCACAUUCUAGUCACUGUGACCAUGAAAAGUCUUAUAUUUUUCUCAAAUUUGAUUUGAUUUCUUUUUUUUAAUGAAUUAUUUUGUUACAUGGAUUCGUGAAUGUAUUCCUGAUGCAAAUGAAUACCACUUGAAUCAAGUCAAAGGCAUAUGCGUUUACACUUAAUAAACAAUACAGAUUAACAAAAAAAGGGAAAAAAACUAACAUGGGUUGAUUAGUGAAUUUGGAUAUGUGUUGACCAAGAAGUAUGAAACUCGGAAGCCUUUUAUGAAUAUGAUUUAUUUUGAUAUGGUGGAAAUACAGUAGAUGGAAACUCUAAAAUGAAAAGUAACUUUCUGCAGAGUGUGACUGAAAAAUCGUCAUUCCUCUCUCUGUUGUGGUAAUGUUCCAAGGAAGCCCCGAGUCCGCGCCUUCCACGCCUCCCUGCAGUUAAUCAUCUUCCCGCUGUUCAAUGUUAACAUCUGGAAAGAAAAUCGUAAUAAGCCACAUUU